GAAUGAGACGAAAUUGGUUGGGCAAUAAGUCCAAUUGGCAAUGGGCAAUGAACAAGAAUUAAUUUGAUCGAGGGGCUGUGAUUUGAUGGAAGACUUUCCCAAUCCAUGAAGAGGACUCGAACCCAGCCAUAGGCCUCCAUGUAGUAGGCAUACUUAAGGGUGACGAACGAGUCACUAACCGCCAAAAGUACUCCAAACAGCCUUUGAAAAGAACCCCCCCCCUCCCCCUAGAAGGUUGAAUCUGGUCCACCUGGAGUGAAUUUGGCGUCUGGGGUGUAAAAGCUUCGGCCAUCCUGCCUGUCGUCUAUGAUAUCCAUGAAGAUACAUCGAUUCCAGGCCUAACUAUGUACAUACCUACAUACAAACACACAGAGCGACGAUUGAUGAGGAAUGUGUUAAUAGUCGAUGGAGAACAAGGAGACGCAUUUCCAUUUUUCAUUUUAGUCUCAUUUGAGGCCAAGUUUUGUUCAGCCCGUGAUGGGCCCUCCUGCUGUGGCUUCCCUCCAUCAUGACGACCUGGAAUCCCUUGACCAAGAAGAAUUAUCUGGUCACUAAGCCGUUGUUGAGCCAAGAAUUGGCCACCCAUGUGGAAGACCGCGAAUUGGCUCUAACCUUCAAUCAUCUUCAAGAAUUUGAGGAGCAUGCUAAGAAGUUGUAUAAGGAAGUCAAGCGAUUCGAAGAUUGUCUCCAAAGCAUGCACAAGACCGAACAAAAGAUGUCUUCAGAGCUGUGCAAUUCCCCGUCAAUCAUGGAACACGUGGGAUUGCGGGGUUUGGCCGAGGACUACCAAUCCGUGGUCUAUCAAAUGGGUCACAACACGGAGGAUCUGAUCCAAUUGUCGCAAAAGACCGUUGUCGAACCCAUGAAAAAGAUCACGGGCGAAUUCGCCGCCAUCAAUGCCGCCCUUCGGAAACGGGAUCAAAGCCUCAGUGAUUGCCUCAAAGCUCAAAGCAAGUACGAUAAGAUGAACAAGUUGGAGAAAACUGGGACGAAUGUGGUCAAGACCGAGCAAGCCCGGAAGGCCUUUGAAGACGCCAAGUCAGAGUUCAGUUGUCAGAACAAGUUGCUCUUGCAAGAGUUGCCGCAAUUUUACGAAAAACGAGUCAGUUACUUCCAGCCGUGCUUGCAAGCACUGAUCCGUACGCAAGUCGAUUAUUACGGAGAAACGACGCGAUUGUUCACCCACCUGGUCUCGUCCAAUCCCACCACCUCCAACCUCGCCCCGGAUGAAGAAUAUCAAAAAGAAGUGGAUCUGCUAUUGGGCGAGAUCAAUUCGUUGUCCAUUGUGGGCACAUGACAUGCCCAUGAAUGGAUUCAUUGUAUACCCUCAUUCACGUUUAAUGGCAGGAUCUACGAACUCGGAUACCAACGUCUUUGGAGCCUGGAAAUAGCCACCAUGAAUAUCCAAUCUGGUGUUAAUUAAACCAUAACCACCCAGGAAAACUGAUAUGCGUAUUGACAAUACCCUUCAAACAUAAUAUUACACCUGGCCGCCUUUCUACUCUAAAUUGUAAAAAAAACUGAACCACGCAGGCUGUUUGAGAUUUUUAAAUAUUAAUGCCCUAUCAUUA